AUGGUUCUGGUCAUAGUGACAGAUAAUAACCCCUCACAAACGUACAAUGAGAGCGAAGAUCUCCAGUAUGGCGACUUGCCCGACUAUGAUCCCGAGAAGGACGAAGAUCCACCGCAUUUACUGGUAUGCUGCGGCACCGACCGACCACGGAACAAGUCGGGCGGCGUGCUGGUAACGGCAUCUCAGUCUGGACCAGGCUUUGUCACAGUUCAUGAUUAUAUCACGACCGUGCAUCCUUGGUUGAUGCGCAACCGCGACGACAUCUUGGACGCCAUGGACCGCCGGGAAGAUCUGCCUGACCCGGAGGAUAUGGAUCUCGUGGUGGACGCCGUAUUUCCAACUUGGUUGAAGAUCAGAGAGAAGUCGGAGUGGGUUAAUGAGCUGAGCUACCGAUGCCAGCAAUUUGCGAGUAUUCACGAUCUUGAGACUAGUGCUGUAUGA